AUGGCUUCGGGUGCCUGCCUCACGAUUCAUUCCUCCCCGAACGCGCGGCUGCCGCACUGCUCGUCCUGUGAGUUUCGCCCGCGAACCGCCCGAGGCAACCUCGGAGGCAGCGGAUGCACUUCCUCAGACGAUGAAGACGAGUACGAGCCGUCGGUGUGGGCCGAGCUGCUCGCGGCGGAGGCGGCGCAGUGGGAGGACGGAGAGGAUCCAGGCCCGCCGAAACGGGGGAAAGUGAUAACAGAGAAGGCGCGCGCCAUGCUGUGCGAGUCGCAGCGGUGCCGCACCUGGCUCGACCUGAAGCUCUGGUUUGGCUUCGAAGAGAAAGACUUAAGCGCGGCGGACUUCAACGAGGUUUUCAUCUCAGUCCGCAACGAAGGCAGCGGACUGUUCGAACACUUUGUCGAGUUGGGGAAGAAAACCCUCGAGACGCUCACAGAGAUGUUCUUCUUCCGGCACUACAGCGUCUAUGCGGCGGGCGGAUUGACCGGGUCCGAUUUCGCGUCUUUCCGAGAAGGUGCCGCCGAGUUCGUCGCCCCGUUGCCGAUGCCGCUGCCUCCGGACUUCCAGGCGCGACUCUCGCAGCAAGUUCCGCAGCUUCUCUACACUCAGAAGCACACUGACAGAACCUGCGCACCCGUCAGCCUCUACCGAUUCGGCCUCGCCUACUUGGCAGGCGCUCAGGGCGUGAAGACCCGCCAAGCGGUCGUCGAAUACGUGCACGCAUGCAUCGGAUACGCCUGCUGCUGCUCGGGGAACAACAAUAAAAGCCUCUACGUCUGGGGAUCUGUCCUCAUCGAACACAUCUACUGGACGCAACGAGUCACCUCCGGCAACACUCGAGACGAGAGCGCCCUGAUCCACGACCUUCAGGAAUAUCUCGGCUACAAGUAUUCAACUCUGACUCCGAAAGUUCUGCGAGCUCUCGACGCCACUGACGAGGCGAAGGUCGUUGCAGCGCCGCCCGGAGAGCGCGUGCUUCGGGUGUAUCUUGAGGAUUUUUUUGAGCAUCUCGCAGAUGAAAGUGGCGUCGAUCCCGAAGACAAGGCGGCCUGGACGUCGAGAGAAAUCCGCCAUUUUCUCGCGAGCCCCGCGAUUCCGCUCUUUUCCUGCCUUUUUCUGUCGCUCUCGCCGUUUCUAGCUGAACCCCGUUACAACGCCUCGGCCUUGCAAGGCGAGAAAGGUUUUCCGUGUGUCUGGGGCGAGCUCCCUCCUUCCACGAGUUACGUAUCGGCUUUCAUGGCUCUCCUAAGCGUGUGCUGGAGACAGGAGACCGAGGACACUGCGAAGGUUUGGAUGAAGGCUCUCGUUCAGCGCCUGCGCCAGCUGCAGCUCGUGGCGGAGGUUGUGAGCCUGGACGCGCAGAACCUGAAAGCACGACAGCGACGAGUUCGGUCGCUCGAUGUGCGCCGGAUGGACUACGUGAACGAAGGGCUCCUUGGAAAGUACCUCUUGUGGUCCACUGCCUUUGAACAGGAAGAUGCGACUCGGCGGAGAGAAGAACGCGCCGCCCUGGAGGCGGCACACCGACUGGAUCCGACGCCAGAGGCUCUCGCGCUCUUCGCCUCGCAGGCUCCAUUGGCGCCUCCCUGCGGCGGAGUCUGCGCGCCUGUCUCUCGCGUUCUCGGCGCCUUUGGAGUGAAGCCCAGCGUGCACUCUGGACGCUCGGAGCCGAGGUCGGCUUUCCCGCGAUCGUACGGCCUCCCCACUAGUCGGGGUCUCUGGACAAUUCGGGACACAAGUGGAAAGGUUCUGUAUGAAAUGAUUUAUGCCGGCGGACCCGUGCAACCAUUUCGGCUGCAACAGGCAGCAAAAACGAGGGCGAACGAGACCCAGACAACCGGAGAUCGACAGCGGCUUAGAGUAGCCCCAUCCAGAGCCAGGUCCAACUUCGCGAGCGCAGCACUGAAGUCGGGAUUCUACACUGAAAUGCCAUUCUCGUGA